AUGAGUCGGAGAGCAUCGGACUUGUCGGGGCUUGGUAGCGACAAGCGGCUAGUCGCGGGUUACAACGAGCGCGUGGAGGUGCUCAUCGGCCUCAUAUCGGAGCGGGACGCAGCGAUAUCAGCGCUAGAAUAUGAAGUUCGGCGCCUCACGAUCGAGCUGCAGAAGCAGACGAAGGUGGUGAAACGCGAGCACCCGCUGGAGCCGCUGAUCCACCUGGUGGAUGACAAGGGGGUCGGCGGAAGGGGCUCACACAUGGGCAGGACGGCCAGCGUGGCCACCGCGACCGCGCUGCGCGGGCUGGGGCCGAGCAGGAAGGGGGACGAGACGGCGCAGAAGAUGCUGGCCAUGUUCACCAACCCGAAAGAACACGCGGACUACCUCACGUCCCCAAGAUUUGCUAAGGACCUCAUGCGCUUGUGCAAAGGGGUUUCCCAUCUCUACGAGGCCGAGCCGCGUUGCGUCUUCCUGCAGUCUCCUGUCUACGUCUUCGGCGAUAUCCAUGGGAACUUGGAGGACCUGCACUUCUUCGCGGAUAACAUCUGGAAGCUGGGGAUGAACCUCACCGCCGGCAAGUUUUUAUUUCUCGGGGACUAUGUCGAUAGGGGGCUCCUCGGACUGGAAUGCUUGGCCUACCUGUUUUCUCUCAAGCUUGAGAACCCGGACAAACUUUUCAUGCUUCGCGGCAACCACGAGCUGCGGGAUGUGAACGGCUGGGUGGAGUACUACCGGGAGAAGUCGUUCCUCUGGCAGUGCCAGAACCGAUUCGGAGACUCGCUCGGGGAAGAUGUUUGGGAAGCGUGCAACGCGGUCUUUGACCGCAUGCCCCUGGCCGCGGUGAUCGACCGGGACAUAUUCUGCGUCCACGGAGGGAUACCCCGCCCGCUGGAUGGCUCUUCCUCCCGCAUUCAGGCUCGGGGAACGGUCGGCGACAAGCCGAACGAGGACAUAAUGUCAGUCCCCCAGGUGGCGGGAGUGUGCCCGCCCAACGACCUCGAGACGUUCGAGUCGCAGCAGGUUGCCUCGGACUGCCUCUGGUCCGACCCAGCCAAAGGAGACCAGGAGGACGCAAUCGGGCCGUCCGGUUUCGGGGAGAGCUUGAGGGGGGGGGGGGCUAUCUGCUUCGGCGCCAAGGCGAUCGAUGACUUCUUGGCACAGGGAGACCUGAGUUACAUCGUGAGGGCCCACGAGGCUCACUCGGAGGGUGUUUCCUUGAGCAAGGGGGCCAAAGUGUUCACGGUGUUCUCCACGUCCAAGGACCACGGGCAGGGAAGGGGGGCCAUGUGCGGCUGCAUCCUCGUAAACCACGACAAGCUACAGGUCAUCAAUCGUUCUGUCCGGUACAAGAACCGUUACGUGCACCGAAGGGACAGUUUGUCACUGGCGAACAUCACCCUCGACGAAAAGGAGAAGCUCGCAAAGAUAGGUGUUGUGACCGACAGCUACGACGACGGAGCUGACGGUUCUUCCAGCGAAGACGGAGACAACGAUCCCGGCGAGGAAGACGUAGAAGAGGACGAAGAGGACGGCGCCGCUGGAAACACGAACACCGGUAGCAGGGCUAGCGGCGGCCGCAGCCAGUUCGAUAAAAACUUUGAAGAUCGCUACAGUCACCCCGUAGGGGACGAAAGGUAUUCGUCUGACGAUGGGGGGUCGAAAGCUCACAAAAAUGGCGGCGGCGGCGGCACCACUAGCACCAGCACCAGCAGAAGUCCUACAGGAGGAGGCGGUGCUGGGCAACAGAGGCGGCGGACGUAG